AUGUUCGACUAUCAGAUGAUCAAACGGCGACCUGUCGAAGUCGAGAUAGCUAAUGUAAACCGCGAAGCUCGACAAGUUACACUCCAUUGGGCACGCAAACUUGGCCUCGAGCUUUGCCCUACCGAUUAUGGACGAAAGGCCUACCUCAAGUCCUUCGACCCGGAAACUGACGUGCUCUUUGUCGAAACAAGCCUCUGGGGUGACUUCUUCAAGGGAUCUGAGCUUCUCCAUGGUGGGCCUGAUAUCCGCGAGCCCAGAAUUCUCCUGCUCCCAUACAUUACACGGCUCUUCGUCACGGAUGAGCUGUUUGAACAAGCCAUCGACGAGUUCAUCACAGUACUUACAUAUUUUCAUACCUUGACGGCGUUCCAAAUCCUUCUCGUUCGUUCUAGAUAUAUCCCAAGAGGAAUGGUCAGGGUGCUACCUCCGUCGGAUUUCAUUCCGAUUGGAGGCAGAAGAUUGACUUGGCACCCGGAGCACGAGGAAUUCCGCCUUCACGGAAGCGAAGAGCCUGGUCCCGAGGUUGACAUGUUCGCGGUCUUAUCGUCAGUUGCCGACAAACUUACAGCCAAAUUCAUUGAGGGCCGCAAACUGAAAUUUGAGAUGACUACUGCUCUACUCUACCGUCACGUACCUGGGCCCCCGGUGGCAGGAGCCCAGAGACCUUCUUGGUGGAAGCCUGGAAUGAAAUUGAGUCUAUAUGACAUGGUUAUGAGUAACUGUUGA